AUGGCGGCGGCGGCGGUGGCGGUGGCGGCACUGGCUGAUGAAAUGGCUCAUUACGAGCCCGUGGAGUUGAUGAGCGGGGCGGCGGCGGAGCUGCAGGUAUCCUCAGGCCAAGGGGUCUCAGCGGCGGCACCGGAGCUUCUUGAUGGUAGCCAUGGCGACCAGAGCCUGGCGGCAGCGGUUGCUGUUGCAGCACAGGUGAUGUGUGGCAAGCCGGAGCCAGCCCCUGCCUCUGCCUGGUCAUGGUGCACCUCAGCUCGGCGGUCGAUGAGACCAAAGCGAGCGCUAGGAUCACCAGAGCUCGGGCAACAAGACGAUACGAGUGUGUCAUCACUGCGAUGUGAUGUCCUGAACUUACCUGAGGAGACCCUCGGCUCAAAUUGGUUUUGGAUUGUGGAAGCGUGA